AGAGAGGUUUGCAGUUUCAUUUUAAUAUAAACGGAUAACCAGAUAUGAUUCUUUCUACCUAUCACACCAUCCAAUCUGUUUUCUGCUGCUGCUGCUGCUCAGUGCAAGAAAGAGAAAUGAGAACAAAAGUGAACCUGGACCCUGAUGCUGUCCUGGCGACCCAGUACUCUGCCUCACAACCGGACGUUUCCUAUGAAUCUAUUUGGAAGUGCAGGCAGCACAAGAGACAAUUACAGUUUAAGGACAAGCCAUUACCUCCUCUGCCUCCUGAGGCCUUCGAAGACUACACGAACAAACCCAGAGUUAUUGCACUCUAUGACUUCUUUGCUAGAGGGCCUUUAGAUUUACCUCUUAAGAAAUCAGAAGAAUACAUUAUCCUUGAACAGUAUGAUCCCCUCUGGUGGAAGGCAAGAGACCGACAUGGGAAUGAAGGUCUAAUUCCCAGAAACUAUGUAACUGAGAACAAGAAAAGCAAUUUAGAAAUAUACAAGUGGUACUGCAGAAACAUAAACAGAAGCCAGGCAGAACUUUUGCGCCAGAAGCCCAAAGAAGGUGUGUUUGUUGUCAGAGAUUCAAGCCGACAGGGUCUUCUUACGCUGUCCGUGUAUUCGCGGGCUAAGGGAAGUCAUAAUGGAGAUAUUCUACACUAUCAAAUUAAACAAAAUCACUCAGGACAAUAUUAUGUAGCAGAAAACUAUCUCUUUUCAUCCGUUCCUGAACUCAUCGAGUAUCAUCAGCACAAUGCUGCAGGUCUUAUCACACGUCUCCGACAUCCAGUCAGAUCAGAUGGAUGUACUUCACCAGAAACCGCAGGAUUGAGUUAUGAGGAGUGGGGAUUAAACCCAUCUGAACUGCUGUUACUGAAAGAACUUGGGCGUGGGCAGUUUGGAGUUGUAUAUCUUGGUAAAUGGAAAGAGACUAUCAAGGUUGCCAUCAAAACAAUCAAUGAAGGUGCAAUGUCUGAAGAUGAUUUCAUAGAGGAGGCCAAACUGAUGAUGAAACUUUCCCACCCAAAGCUGGUCCAGCUUUAUGGAGUGUGCACACAUCACAAACCUCUCUACGUUGUGACUGAAUUCAUGGAAAAUGGUUGCCUGCUCAAUUACCUUCGGCAAAGGCGGGGGAAGCUCAGCAGAGACAUUCUCCUGAGCAUGUGCCAGGAUGUUUGUGAAGGGAUGGAAUAUCUGGAAAGAAAUAGCUUUAUUCACCGUGAUUUGGCUGCAAGAAACUGUUUAGUCGAUGUGGAGCACGUUGUUAAAGUAUCUGACUUUGGCAUGGCAAGAUAUGUCAUUGAUGAUGAAUAUAUCAGUUCUUCAGGUGCCAAGUUUCCAAUCAAAUGGUCAUCUCCUGAAGUCUUUCAUUUCAAAAAAUAUAGCAGCAAAUCAGAUGUCUGGUCAUUUGGUGUACUGAUGUGGGAAGUUUUCACAGAAGGCAAAAUGCCUUUUGAAACCAAGUCAAAUGCUGAAGUUGUCCGUGAGAUUUCUCAGGGUAACCGACUUUAUCGACCACAUUUGGCAUCACUUCCUGUGUACAAAGUCAUGUACAGCUGCUGGCAUGAGAAACCUGAAGGACGUCCUACUUUUGCCGAGUUAACAGCAACCCUCACAGAUCUAAGAGAGAUAACAUAAUCACAGAUUUUAUACCAAUAUAUUUCCUGAAAGGUUAGCAUUAAGCAUGCCACUAAUGUAGCUGGUACAGAAAACCUCAACCUUUUAGAGAGGUCUCUACCUACAUCACAGUACCAGCAUCCUACAUAUUGAAGCAGCUGUUUGGUCUUGGCACAGUUUUUCUUAUUUGAAAAAGAUACUCUGGGACACUGGUUUGGGUCUCUCAAGGUUUUGUUUUUAUGGUUAGGGGGAAAAAUCUGUCUGAAAAGCAGUAACCAAGCCUACUCACCUUAUAGAUCUUUUUAUUAAUUAUUUUGUUCAGAGCUACACUAAUUCUUGCAUCAAUAUUAUUACGUUAUUUAUACUUACUAUGACUCAUGCACUGGGGAAUACUGAUUGGCAGCAGCAAAGAUGAUGGAAGAACCUCUGAUAAGCUCUGGCUAGGUCACUUUUAAAGGCAGGUCCUUGUGCACUGCAAAGCAUCCAGCCCUGGAGAAGCAGAGCAGGGCUCUGUCCAAGGGACAGCAAGCUAAGUGACUGGCUGCUGGAGCAGUGCCCACACGUGUGCCUGCACCCACUAUUUGGACAAAGGAGCGCCUUAGCCCUCCCCUUGCAAAUGCCCAGAAUGGUUAAUGGGCAAGUUAAAACUGGAACAUGACAGUAAAACUCAGAUGGAUCCUCUGAUACCUUACAUAGACACGUCUGUGACCCUACUUCUUAUGUUAUUAUUCACUUUUAAUUUUAAAUCUUAACUGUGGUCAACACAAAUAUGUUGUAGAGAAGGAAAGGUAGAUGGAAUUCAUAAUUAUUUAAAACAAAAUAGU